CGUGUUGUCCUUUGUCCCAUACCUACAGAAGCCUCCUACCCAUACACAAACUGGGUCAGCCCCAAUGUCUGCACAACAGUCCACCACGUCUGUCAAUACAGACCCUGCGAGGGAGUCUGCACCCGUCCAAACGAGUCCCUUAAUCGAUCCCCAUGGGCCCAGAUUGUGGCACUCGAAUCUUGUGAAAUUGAGUGGUAAGAAUAGGGCACUCAACGAAUUUUCUGUGGAGAGAGUGGGAGAGGAAGUAGAGGAGAAUCUGGUCAUGUUACACGGUUACGGCGCCGGUCUCGGAUUUUUCUACAAGAAUUUCGAAGGAUUAAGCCGAGUCAAAGGCUGGAAGUUAUACGCUUUGGAUAUGCUGGGGAUGGGAAGAAGUAGUAGGCCACCCUUCAAGGUACACGCCAAAGACCAGGAAGGUAAAGUCAGAGAAGCGGAGAACUGGUUCAUAGAUGCGUUGGAGGAGUGGCGGAUUCUGAAAAAGAUCGACAAGUUCACACUCCUAGGCCACAGCAUGGGAGGCUACAUGGCUGUAGCAUAUGCACUCAAAUAUCCUGGCCGCCUCAAUAAGCUUAUUCUUGCUUCCCCAGUUGGCAUUCCAGAAGACCCCUAUGCAGUGCGAGCGGAUCUGCCAGAGCCUGAAGACUCCACUCUAGCGAACGAGUUUACACAGGACCAAGAAAACGAUAUCGUCAACAAGAACGGGAACCUGAAGACAAAUGGCCCCAAAAAAUCAACGACAGAGCAACCGCCACGCCGACCUUUACCAAAGUGGAUCACCUACCUUUGGGACGCCAACAUUUCCCCCUUCAGCAUUGUCCGCUGGUCUGGCCCCUUAGGUCCCCGUUUCGUAUCCGGCUGGACCUCGAGACGUUUCUCGCACCUACCACCUGAAGAAUCUCAAGCCCUGCACGAUUACGCAUAUUCUCUCUUCCGCCAGAAGGGGAGUGGUGAGUACGCGCUCGCCUACAUCCUCGCCCCUGGAGCAUUUGCCCGGAGCCCCUUAAUCCGACGCAUCAGUGGCGUAGGGCGGCAAAACCUGCCUCCUCCUGCGCCAGCGCAAGGGAAUCAAGGAACCCCCUCGCCGGAUGCUGGAAAGGCGCUGACGAAAGAGACGGGGAUCCCGGUCGUGAUGAUGUAUGGCGAGAAUGACUGGAUGGAUAUCGCAGGCGGUUACGCGGCGGAGCAGAAGCUGAAGGAGGCGAAGGAGCAGGCGCUGAAGACGGCGACGGAGGAGGAGAAGAAGCGUGAGAACGGGAGUGCCAAGGUAGUGGUCAUCCAUAAAGCGGGCCAUCAUCUUUACCUGGAUGGCUGGGAGGAGUUUAAUCAGGUUAUGAGGGAGGAGAUGGAGGAGACUUCGAGGCAGACGAAGAAAGCCAAAGGAUUGUGAGACGAGUAAUACUACUUACUACUAGGCGGGAAGCGAUGGGUAGGUUCAAGAAGUUAUGUCUGUCUAUAGGGGAGUUGGUGUUCAGGAGCUUUAAGAGCGAGGAAACGCGUUGAGAGUAUCUAAUGUUGUAUGUAAGUGAGAGCGAGCGACGUAGACGGUUUUAGACUCGGCGUAGCUUGACCGAGAGAACUGCACAUAGAGAGUCAUCAAGCAAUCUAUCAAGUUUUACAG